AGAAGAACUCUAAGAUAUACCCACUUGGAAAAUUGAUGAUGAUUAUUAAGGAUAUCUAGAAGAACUCUAAGAUAUACCUCCUUGACCAAUUCAUAUUUCGGGGUUAAAACGUACGUACGGGAUCCAGAACGGAUAUCACCCACCCGACAGUUCACUGUUCGGUUGUGGAAGGAAGGAAAGUGGUGAUUGAUUUUGGGAAGGUUCUGGAUACGUGUCGGGGAAGUAACAGCGCCAUAAGAUGGCGCUGUUCAGACGCUUCUUCUAUCGCAAACCGCCCGACCGGCUGCUCGAGAUCUCAGACCGGGUUUACGUGUUUGAUUGUUGCUUCUCCACAAAUGUAUUGGAUGACAAUGAGUACAAGACAUACUUUGGUGGAAUUGUUUCUCAGCUGCACGAUUAUUAUCCGGAUGCUUCUUUCAUGGUUUUCAACUUCAAAAAACAGAACACGAUAAGCCCAAUAUCCGAAAUCAUGUCCCGAUAUGCUAUGACUGUCAUGGAUUAUCCUUUGCAACACGAAGGGUACCCAAUAUUGCCAUUGGAGAUGAUCUACCACUUUCUGCGGUCCAGCGAGAGCUGGUUGUCACUUGAAGGCCAGCAAAAUGUGCUGUUGGUUUAUUGCGAGAGGGGAGGGUGGCCUUUGUUAGCCUUUAUGCUCGCGGGCCUUCUUUUGUACAGAAAACAGUACACCGGCGAGCAGAAGACUCUUGAGAUGAUAUACAAACAAGCCCCAAGAGAGCUUUUUUAUCUCUUGUCUCCUUUCAAUCCGCAGCCGUCCCAGCUUAGAUAUCUUCAGUAUAUCUCCAGGAUAGGUUUUGGGUUGGAUUGGCCGCCACCAUCAAACACAUUCUUAGCGUUGGACUGUGUCAUACUUAGGUUCCUUCCUUUCUAUAAGAAUGGAAGAGGAUGUCGCCCGGUAGUUCGUGUUUACGGUCAGGAUCCUUCUUUAGUUAAGCCCAAUAAGACUUCCAUGCUUCUUUCUUCAACUUCAAAGACAAUAAAACAGUACCGGCUCUACCAACAGGAGGAGUGCGAGCUAGUUAAAGUAGACGUUCCUUGUCGUCUCAAGGGAGACAUUGUUCUUGAGUGUGUACAUGUGGAUGAUGAUGAUCAUGAUCUAGUAACUGAGGAAUUGAUGUUCAGAGUCAUGUUCCACACGGCUUUCAUUCGCUCAAAUGCUUUGAUAUUAACCCGAGAUGAAAUCGACGCUCUCUGGGAUUUGAGGGAGAGAUUUUCACCGGAGUUCAGAGUCGAGGUUCUCUUUGCAGAUGCCGAUGCAGUUCCAUCCAUUAUCACCAGAGAAGAACCAUAUGAGGAUGAGAGUGAUACGUCUUCAGCGGCCUCGCCCGAAGAGUUUUUUGAGGCAGAAGAGAUAUUCAGCAGCAUUGUUGAUGGGCAGGAGGGAAGGGAUUUCUCUGAUGCUCCUCCCACUGUUGGAGAAGUAGUCUGGAAGGAAUUGGAGCAUCACUCUUUUGUCGAUUGCGCAUCUUUCGAAGGAAAUCAAAGGCAUGACGACGAUCAUGAAAUAAAAACCCACACGCUAUGCAAUGGGAAUAAGGAGUUAAUCUCCACUAACCGCCUUCUUGAAGUUUCGUCAGGUAUAGAAGAAUCUCAAGACCUAUCUCAAAGUGUUCACGACGAACAAGAUGAACUGGAGAACAAUAAAAAUAGAGAAAUAAAACCCACUCAGAAUUUUGAAAGGCAGCGUUCCCUAAAGAAAAUCGAAGCUGACAGUAACAUGCUGCAGUCUGAUAAUGUUCUUCUCCCUGAUUCCCCAAAGAAACAACCACUAGCAGAUGCUUCUACAAAGAAACUGCCAUUAGAAAAGUCAUGUGUUGAGGAAAAUAAACAAGAUAAGGAAAGAAUGUCAACAAAGAAGUUAGAAAUGCAGGGUUCCCAACAGAAAAUGGAUGCUGAUGGUAAAAACCAGAAUAGGACACAUCCACAAGCCAACUCCGAACCUUCUGCAGACGCGUCUUCAAAGAAAGAUCCACUAUCACAGUCAAAUGAUGGAGAUAAUAAUCAAGAUAAAGAAAGAACAACAAUACACAAUAUAGAAAUGCAGGCUUACCAGCAUAAAUUUGAUGCUGAUAGUGACAAUGUACCCCCUGCUUCCCCAAAUAAACAGCCGCUAGCCAACUCAGAACCUUUAACGGUUAUUGUCUCUUCUCUGUCACAAGUUGAAUGCCAAUUCUCGGAAGUGCAUUUGCUGCAGCCCCCACCUCCUCCACCUCCUCCUCCGCCACUUCCAUCCAGUGCUUCUUCAUAUGCACUUUCUGAGCCACUUCUAACUCAUAAACAUGGUUGUCCACCUCCACCUCCUCCUUUCCCUCGUCAUGCAUCUGCUUCAUGUGGUGUUUCAACCCCUCACCAGUCUUCACAACCCCCUCCACCCACCCCAGUUUCUUCACAUGGUCUUCAACCUUCUCCAUCGCUCCCUCUUUUAUCGAGUAUUCUAUUGCCGUUACCACCCCCACCCUCUUCGCAUAUUUCCUCACUUCCAUCUCCUUCAGUUACUGAAAUGCCACCUUUACCACAAACACUGAUAAUAUGCACUGCUCCAACUCCACCACCACCACCACCACCUGCGCUUAUAAAACUAUUUCCUUCAAAGGGCGAGGCUCUUCCAACACCACCUAUAUCAUAUGGAGUGCGCCCUCAACCUCCUCCUCCUCCUCCUCCUCCUCCACCACCACCACCUAGUAUAAGUAUUUCUACACAAUCAACUCAAAACCUCAUAGAAGCACCAAAACCACAACCUCCACAUAGUGGACCUGCGAUUCCCCCACCCCUUUUGGAAGGUGGAGCAUCACUACUCCGAUCCUCUACAGGAAUUGGAGCACCCCCUCCACCACCUCCACCUCUUGUAGGAGGUGGGUUACAACCUAUUCUGCAUUCCUCAAGUGGCGGACUACCAGUUUCCACACCUUCUCCAAUAUAUGGAAGAACUCCACCUCCUCCACACCCUUCAAGUAGGGGACAAAUUCCUUCCUCACUAACUCCAAUAGGUGGAGAACCACUUCCCCUACCCCCUCCAGCGAGACAACCUCCACCCCCUCCUCCCGGAGCUGGAAGAAAACCUAAUGCACCUCUUCCAGGUUGUGCUCCAAUUGCUCCUCCACCCUUGCCUUGUCUUGGUUCUCAUCAUCCUACAAGUUCAUGUGGACCUCCAUCACAACCAAGUGGUCAUGGACCCCCUUCACCACCAGAUUGUCCUGUACCUCCUCCACCACCAGGUGGUCCGGUACCUCCUCCACCACCAAGUGGUCCUGGACAUCCUCCACCGCCAGGUUGUCCUGUACCUCCUCCACCACCAGGUGUUCCUGUACCUCCUCCACCACCAAGUGGUUCUGGACCUCCUCCACCACCAGGUGGUCGUGGACCUCCUCCACCACCAGGUGGUCCUGUACCUCCUCCACCACCAGGUGGUCCUGUACCUCCUCCACCACCAAGUGGUCCUGGGCCUCCUCCACCACCAGAUGGUCGUGGACCCCCUCCACCACCAGGUUGUCCUAAACCUCCACCACCACCAGGUGGUUGUGGACCUCCUCCACCACCACGUUGUCCUGGACCUCCUCCACCACCAGGUGCUCCUGGACCUCCUCCACCACCAGGUGCUCCUGGACCUCCUCUUCCACCAGGGGCUCCAAGACCUCCAGGAGGUGCACCUCCACCACCAGGGAAUGGCCUUCCCGGUGGAAGAGGUCGUGGAGCCGCUGGAAGAGGACUUGCUGGAGCUGUUCGAAGAUCGACCUUGAAGCCUUUGCAUUGGAGUAAGGUAACCCGAGCACUACAAGGAAGCCUGUGGGAAGAAUUGCAGAGACAUGGAGAGCCUCAAAUUGCACCAGAAUUUGAUGUGUCAGAAAUUGAGACUCUAUUUUCUGCAGUAGUCCCCAAAUCAAAUAAAAGUACGUCUGGAGAUAAACAGAAAUCCGCUGGAUCCAAACCUGACAAGAUUGACUUGAGGAGGGCCAACAAUACUGAAAUUAUGCUCACAAAGGUCAAGAUGCCACUUCCUGAUAUGAUGGCUGCUGCAUUGGCAAUGGAUGAGUCAGUUUUGGAUGCUGAUCAAGUAGAAAAUCUUAUAAAAUUUUGUCCGACAAAAGAAGAGAUUGAACUUCUUAAGAAUUACACUGGGGACAGGGAGAUGCUGGGGAAGUGCGAACAGUUUUUCCUGGAACUGAUGAAGGUGCCACGUGUGGAGUCAAAAUUAAGAGUAUUCCUAUUCAAGAUUCAAUUCAACACACAGGUAUCAGAUUUCAGAAGAAGUAUGACCAUCGUGAACUCUGCUUGUGAAGAGGUACGAAGUUCUAUGAAAUUGAAGGUUAUCAUGAAAACGAUAUUAGAUCUUGGGAACACAUUGAAUCGAGGAACAGCCAGAGGUGCUGCGGUUGGAUUUAAGUUGGAUAGCCUUUUAAAACUUACCGAUACACGUGCUAACAAUAGGAUGACACUCAUGCAAUUUCUUUGUAAGUCUGUAGCUCAAAAGUCACCUGCACUUCUGGACUUUCAUGUGGAUUUUGUUAGUCUAGAAGCUGCAUCAAAGAUACAGUUGAAGGCUUUAGCCGAGGAAAUGCAGACCAUCACAAAGGGAUUGGAAAAAGUAAAGCAGGAACGCACUGCAUCUGAGAAUGAUGGUCCUGUUUCCGAAACAUUCCGCAAGACACUGAAGGAAUUCAUUGGAGCCGCUGAAGCAGAAGUGACAUCUUUGACAAAUUUGUAUUCUGUAGCGGGCAGGAAUGCAGAUGCACUAGCCCUGUAUUUCGGCGAGGAUCCGGCACGAUGCCCAUUCGAGCAAGUUGCUACAAUCCUUUUGAACUUCACAAGGUUGUUCCAGAAAUCCCACGAGGAGAACUUGAAACAGGCCGAACUAGAAAAGAAGAAAGCCCAGAAGGAGGCCGAGGCAGAGGAUGCCAAAGGAAGAAACCAGAUAGAAGAGCCUCAGACAGAUUGAAAUUGCUUCCACUAUGGAUUUUUGUGGCAUUUGAAAAAAGAAACUGAUCUGGGAUGGGCAGUGCCAGCUAGCUCUACACAGGAAGCUGUUGGGUAUCCACUAUGCGGGCAUGUCGUUGGGCCUACCCAAUGACUACCGACCCAAAGAAAUGACACACCCGAAU